AUGGGAAGUGGUACCUCAACCCAACAUCAUUUUGCUUUCCAGAAUGCAGAGAAAGCCUUCAAGGCGGCAGCCCUAAUCCAGAGAUGGUACCGACGCUACAUGGCGCGCCUGGAGAUGAGGCGGCACUGCACCUGGCGCAUCUUCCAGUCUAUAGAGUACGCGGGACAGCAAGAUCAGGUCAAGCUCCAUGAUUUCUUCAGCUACCUUGUGGAUCACUUCACCCCCAGCAGCAACCAUGAGAGGGACUUCCUGGACCGCAUGUUCACCGAGGACAGAUUCCCCCAGGACUCUGAGAUGGAGAAAUUCGGUGACUAUGAAUCUAUAGAAGUCCCUGACAAUUACACGGGACCACGCCUCUCCUUCCCACUCCUUCCUGACCACGCAACUGCCCUGGUGGAAGCUUUCAGACUGAAACAGCAGCUCCAUGCUCGCUAUGUCUUGAAUCUUUUGCAUGAAACCAGGAAACACCUGAUACAACUGCCAAACAUCAACCGGGUCUCCACCUGUUACAGCGAGGAGAUCACAGUGUGCGGAGAUUUACAUGGCCAGUUGGAUGACUUAAUAUUUAUAUUUCAUAAGAAUGGCCUCCCGUCACCAGAGAGGGCCUACGUCUUCAAUGGUGACUUCGUUGAUCGAGGCAAGGAUUCAGUAGAGAUCCUGAUGGUUCUUUUUGCCUUCAUGUUGGUUUACCCAAAAGAGUUCCAUCUUAAUCGAGGAAACCAUGAGGACCAUUUGGUGAACUUACGAUACGGCUUUACCAAGGAAGUGAUGCAUAAAUAUAAGACACAUGGCAAGAAAAUACUAAAAAUACUGAAAGAUGUUUUCUGUUGGCUUCCUCUGGCCACUCUGGUUGAUGAGAAGGUCCUGAUUCUUCAUGGCGGAGUGUCAGACAUGACCGACCUGGAACUCUUGGCUAAACUAGACAGGCACAAGAUUGUUUCCACCAUGAGGCACAAAACGAGAAAGGAGAACGGGAAACAGGUGAAGAAGGAGGAAGCCAACCAGAAGAGCUCCGCAGGGAGACCCACCCCGUGGUUUCUCCCCCAGAGCCGCUCUCUCCCCGCUUCGCCCCUUCGCCUGGGCUCCCUCCAGGCUCACAGAGCCGGCCGCUCGUCCAGCAUUCCCUGCGGCGCCCCCCGGGACGCGAAGGAGCUAGCCCGGCAGGUGCGGCGCUCCGUGGACCUGGAGCUGGACAGGUGCCGGCAGCAAGCAGGCUUCCCGGUGAGCCGGGGGAAGGAGGAGGCCUCGCUGUGCACGCCAGAAGCGGAUUCAGGAGCAGAGGAGCCGCUGGAGCCCACGCAGGAGGAGUGGAGGCAGGUGGUAGAUAUACUGUGGAGUGAUCCCAUGGCUCAGGAGGGCUGUAAGGCCAACACUGUUCGAGGAGGAGGCUGUUAUUUUGGACCCAAUGUGACAGAACGGUUGCUACAGAAAUACAACCUGCAAUUCCUGAUCCGCUCACACGAGUGCAAACCUGAAGGCUAUGAGUUCUGCCACAGCCGCAAGGUGUUAACAAUCUUUUCUGCCUCCAACUACUAUGAAGUUGGCAGCAACAGAGGGGCCUAUGUCAAACUGGGGCCAGCCCUGACCCCGUACAUCGUGCAGUAUCAAGCUAACAAGGUGACCCACAUGCUGACCAUGAGGCAAAGGAUUAGCAGAGUAGAGGAGUCAGCUCUGAGAGCUCUGCGGGAAAAGUUAUUUGCUCAUUCCUCAGAUCUUCUUGGUGAAUUUAAGAAGCAUGAUGCAGAUAAAACUGGUUUAAUCACCCUUAGUGACUGGGCAGAAGCCGUGGAGUCUGUGUUGCAUCUAGGACUGCCAUGGCGGAUGCUGAGGCCACAGCUGGUGAACAGCUCAACGGAUAACACAUUGGAGUACAAGUCCUGGCUGGAGGAUUUGGCCAAAGAACAACUGAACCGUGAGAACAUACAGUCAAGUUUGCUGGAAACACUGUAUCGAAACCGAUCCAAUCUGGAGACCAUUUUUAGGAUCAUAGACCGUGAUCAUUCAGGGUUCAUCUCACUGGACGAAUUCAGGCAUACUUGGAAGCUGUUCAGCUCUCAUAUGAACAUCAGCAUCACAGAUGACUGCAUCUGUGACCUUGCACGGAGCAUUGACUUCAACAAGGAUGGCCACAUCGACAUCAAUGAAUUCCUGGAGGCCUUCCGCCUUGUGGAGCAAUCCUGCUCAGAAGGCAAUGCCUCAGAUUGCCCACAAACCACAAACACUAAUUAA